CAUCGGACUACCUUGUUUUGUUUAAGUGCGCGCUUUGGUCGUCGCACCGUUCUCUCCCGCUUAUUUGCUUCCGCCAUUUUUCUCUUCAAUUACGAGUUACUGCGAUAUUUUUCUAACACAAAUUUUCCUGAAAUGGCGCUCUAAAUAUGAUAACUCUGUACUGGAACACAUUCAUUCCUCUUGGUCCUCAAAAUAAGUCGUGUGAUGGAAGAUUCGCUCGAUCGUUCCGAUAUGAACGUUCAGCGCCAAUUCCGAGUUGGAAAACGAGAUGCGGUAUUGUUUGGCGGCCGAGUUGUGGCUCCCCAGCGACACUCCAGGAGGCCACCAACCAGAGUCGCAGGAGGCCGCCGGACCCCGGGUCUUUGUGGCAAGUCUGAGCGCUUUCAAGGUCACCUGGAUACGUUCAAUGAUCAGUUGAAGCUUGCUAGAUUCAAUGGAGAUGGUAUAGAUUCCUUAGAUGAACGCAUUGAUGGUGCACUCCUGGUUUCUUCACAGUUGCAGGUGUUACCCGGAACCUUGUUGACAGACGAUAUUCCGGAAUGGGACCGUGUCGCUCAGGUUGUCUGUGUCGUUGAAGGGGACAUCAGCUGUCCAAUUUGUCUCUACCCUCCGAUUGCUCCACGCAUUAGCCGCUGUGGUCAUAUUUACUGUGCGCCUUGCGCGCUUCAAUACAUCGACUACGAAAAUGAAGGCACUGCGAAGAAGUGUGCCGUGUGUUGUUCUCUAGUCAAUCUUGAAGAACUCAAGAGGGCUAUACUAUCUCAAGUCCCACCUUUGCGGGUUGGCGACGAACUUGAAAUGGUCCUUGUGAGGUGCAGAAAGUCGGUAAUCGGUGGAAGCGUAUGCAAUGACUUUUCCACUGCACGAGGGGCAAAUCCUAAUCAUUACUUUCAGUUUGUCGCUGAAGCCACCUCAGCCGAUAUUGCCUUACAUGCUACAAAGGAGUUAGAGUCUCUGCUUCUCUUCAAAUCCCAGUGCUUGCUUGAUGAUAGUGUAGAGCUGGUUCCAUACAUCAACCAGGUCAUCGAGCAAGUGGAGAUGAGAGAACGGUUGCUAGAUGAGCCACUUAGCUCAAAACUUGCAGCCACUCCAAGCGAAGAUCCCUCCGAAGUUAAUUGCUUUUAUCAAGCUGCUGAUGGACGGUUGAUUUUCCUUGAUGGGCUCAUGUGGAACUGUCUGCUUGCCGAAUAUGGCACGCUGUCUAACCUUCCCAACCCGCUGCUCGUGAAAGUGACCUCGAUAAAGUCUCACAAGAUGUGUUCAAGCCUGAGAAGACGAUGGCGCCAUUUAAGUCACCUGCCAUUAGGUCGGGUCUUCAUCCAAAUCGAAAUCGAACUCCAGCAUUUGGUCUCCGGAAACGUCCUGACUAAAUUCUCCGCCCGUCUAGAAGCCAGAAAGCUUGAAAAUGAUCGACGUCGUCUCGAAGAUCUGCGCCUGACCAGACUGAAGGAAGAUGCGGAGAAUCGAAUACAGUUCCUACCUCAAGGAUUCGUUCUGUCCGGACCUGCGCCUCUAUCACCUGAUCCAGAUGCAUUCCCGCAGCCGCCAAGUAUGGCACCUCUGUGUUCUGCAUCUGCCCCCAUCAAGAUACAAGGACCUUCUUUCGCUGAAAUUACCAAAAAAGGGGCUCUAUCUGUGGUCGACCGGAAUCGUGUUGCAACAUUUGAGCGUGGCCUGACGAGCCGGCCGACUCACUCAGUAUUCAGUCCAUCAACAGAAUACUGGCCUUCCUUGAACGACUCUGUAUGUUCAAAAAGCCAUUCUCCCCCAACUGGCCCCAUCUGCUGCCAUCGCUCUUCCAUCAAUCCUGCUCUGCAUGAGAAAGAUUUGAUUCAGGAGUCUCCGUCGCCUGAUACAUCAUCACUUCCUAUCGAAAAACCGUCUCGGAAGCGGCGGUCUCGCAUCUUUACUCCUCUUAGUGAAGUGUCCGAUCCCUGUUAAACAGUUUCUGUCGCGCUGAACUGCUAAACUACAUGAUGUUGAACAUCUUUCCGUGUUUUUCAUAGAUCAGUACUUUUGUGCGGCUGGUACGCUCGCUUCGAAUCACGAAUGCAUAAGGAUGUGUUACCGCUAUGUUCCACUGACGCAUAUUUAUCCUGUAUGUCUAGUUUGCCCAGCCCGAAGACACCCGGAUUCACUAGUUUGUUUCGGUAGAUUGUCAUUUCGAUUCAUGCCACCUAAAUUGAUUCUUGUGCAGCAUAC